AUGUUUUGGGAAAUAUUUACCUUGGUUAUCGUCUUACCAGCAUUAUUCUUAGGAGUACUCUUGUUUGGAGUAUUUGUUAUUGUACCAUGCGCAUUUAUAUUUGCAUCAUGGUACAUGAAGAUCAAGGAAAGGAAACUUCAGAGGAGACAGAGAGAUGGUGCUAAUGUGGCAUUCUUUCAUCCGUAUUGCAAUGCGGGUGGAGGUGGUGAAAGAGUUUUAUGGGUGGCUAUUAAAGCUAUAUUGACUAGGUAUCCAGACACCCAUAUUUACAUAUAUACACUAGAAACAGCAGAACCUAAAACAAUACUAGAUAAAGUGCAAAACCAGUUCAAUGUGAAGGUUGAUUUAAAUAGUAUAAACUUCAUAAGACUGACCUUAAGAAAGGCGAUUGAAGCAAAGUCAUACCCCUACUUCACUCUGCUCAUGCAAAGUUUGGGAUCCAUGGUAUUGGGAAUGGAGGCAUUUCUUAAAUUUAAUCCAGAUAUCUAUAUAGACACAACAGGCUUUGCAUUCUCCUACCCUAUUUUCCGAUAUCUUGCUCAAUGUCCAGUAGGAUGUUACACACACUACCCAACAAUAACAUCAGCCAUGAUGCGCAGGGUCAAACAUAGAAUUACAUCCUAUAAUAACUCUAGUGUUAUUGCUCGGAAUCCUAUUCUUACAUGGUGUAAAUUAAUGUACUACAGAAUAUUUGGAUGGUUAUAUAGUGUUGUUGGAAGAUGUGCUGAUAUUGUCAUGGUAAACGGCACAUGGACUGAGGAGCACAUCAACGAACUCUGGGACAUACCAUUGAGCACUCACAGGGUCUACCCACCUUGUGAAGUAACAGAAUUGAAAAAACUUCGAUCUCUAGUCAAGGAUUCGGAUCCAAUUAGAAUCCUGUCUGUGGCACAGUUCCGUCCAGAGAAAGAUCAUCCGUUGAUGCUCCAAGCAAUGUAUGAGCUGCGGAACCUUCUGGUCAAUAAUGAGAUGCUGUGGAAUAAGAUAAAGCUAGUAUUAGUUGGAUCAUGUCGCAAUGACGAGGACAAGGAGAGAGUGCAGAACCUUCGGGAUUUAGCAAAACACCUGUCUAUAGAGGAUAACGUUCAGUUCGUAGUGAAUGCAUCGUACGCGCAGCUUCUUCAGCUGUACCAGACCUCAUCUAUGGCUAUUCACGCUAUGUGGAAUGAACAUUUUGGAAUAAGUGUCGUUGAAUGUAUGGCUGCCGGUCUAAUCACAGUAGCACAUCGAUCUGGAGGACCUCUGGCUGACAUCAUUGAGCCUUCACAUUCCUCUCGAACUGGAUUCUUAGCUGCUGAACCUGAUGAAUAUGCAAGGGCAAUAUUGGAAAUAAUAGCUCUGCCAACACAUGAAAGAACCAACAUAAUUGAAGCAGCAAGGGCAUCUGUAGACCGCUUUUCUGAAAUGGAGUUUGAAAAGACAUUCCUUAGAGUAACAGAACCCUUGAUGAGGCUAGAUUAA